UAAAAAUGUACUACAAUGACAGAUUUUAUUAUUGGAACUCCGCUAGCAGGGAAACACCAACAGCACCGCCAAAUGAAUCGUUUUAUGUGCAUUUCAGUGACGCGAAUCAAAGGCCGCCAAAGAAAUUUGCCUCCCCAUACCAGCCUAACUUUACACCGCAAUCAAUGAAUCAAAAACACGAAGCAGUCCAGAGGCGUCGAAAGAUGCUUAAUCAGUUAAAGCGAGAUGAGCUAUCUAACAGAAUGGAGAGAGUAGAUGAAUCAGUGCGCAAUUACCAUGCAAAAAGAACACACGAGUGGUUGAAUGCGCGUCAUCAAGUUAUUAGGGAUAUGCAUGAGCAUACCCAGAAACGCGAUUCCGUGCUUAGAAAUCGAUUACAGAAAUUGCAGGCCCACAAUAUCCAAGUUGAUAUGCGAGCGGAGAUGUUAAGAUACGGAAAAUUUCUUAAUAGUAUUGCAUGGGCGCAUCAAAAUCAGUUACAAAAUACUGGCUAGAGAUGUGAGCUGUCUUAUCAAUAGAUCAACAGUUAUCAGUUAGAAGCUUGCAGCCAAUUGGGAAAUUUGUAAUAGCUGAGGAUGUGAAAAAUUGUAAUUUCGCUACGAUGUGGAGAAUUUUAAUGCUAGAAAAACAUCAAUCAGUAAUAAAAAUAUAUUUUAACAA